AGGCGUUCCUGGCUCAAAGGAGUUGAGGGCUAAUGUUUUACUGGUGCUGUGCUGAGCAGCCACCGACAUCCGCCAAGGUUGAGCCGGGCAGCGAAGUCCAGGACGCCAAGGCUGAUGAGGAUACCUUGCUGGAAGUAGAGGAGGACGACGGCAAGGUCUCAGUGACGGCUCUGCCAGUGCUGGAGCAGUCAGUGGAGGAACGUGAGGAAGCUGACUUUCUCCCUCGCAAGCUAGAACCAGAGGGUGCUUCGAGGGUGGGCAGCAAGGAGGUCAGCUUCGAAGCCCGCGAGCCCAAGGAACUUCCUAAGUCAGAGGGCACGUUCGUGGAGGGCGCGCCUGCGCAGCAAGCAACGGAGGAGCAACGCCAGGCCUUCAAGCGCGCCAUCGGUAGGCGGACGAGGCUGUCGCUCGAUGCGGAACACUCCAGAUGGCGGCUGUCCAAAGAUGAGAUCAUCAUGAAGAAACAGCUCAGCUACACCUUGAAGAGCACGCUCUAUUUGGCUGCCUGGAAGGGCACUGAGGUGGUGAUGAAGUGCGUCCAAAUCCAGGAGGAGGUUGGAGCAAGGGAGCCGAGCAAGCAGCAAGUGCACAGCGCCAGCUCGGAUCCCACCGCCUCACGGCCGGUCCAGGGCAACGAGGUGAAUGAGGAUCUUCUGGAGGAGCUUCUACACGAGAUUGAGCUGUUGUCGUCCCUGCGGCACCCAGAUUUGGUGCUGUUCAUCGGGGCAUGCCUGGACAAGGACGCUCCAGUGAUGUGUAUCACCGAGUAUAUGCCCGGUGGCGAUCUGGAGCGCUACUACAUGGCGAGGAGAAAUGAGCACCAGACCGACCGUUGGAGACCCCCGCUGACAAGAAUCCUGGACUGGUGCUCUGCAGUUGCCAGAGCACUGAGCUUUUUGCACUCCCGCUCAGAGCCCAUCGUGCACCGAGAUUUGAAGCCAUUGAAUUUGCUGCUGACGAAGCACUUGGAAGUGAAGGUUGCAGAUCUGGGCAUCAGCAAGAUGAUGGCGGCAGUGGCCAGUGAUCAGUACAACAUGACUGGUGGAGUUGGCAGCUGGCUUUACAUGGCGCCCGAGGUUGUCAGGCACAAGCACUACAAUGAGAAGGUUGACAUCUAUGCUUUCGCCUUGAUCAUGUAUUUCUUGAGCGCUGGCAGGGCACCAUUCCACCAGAUUGGUAAAGAUCCUGAACUUGUACUGAAAGAGUACGUCAAGGGCAAUGAACCAAGGCCUACCGCAUCAGACUGUCAUUUGCAGCUUCGUCCGGUUAUGAUCCAAGCGUGGAAUGCCGACGCCAGCGAGCGGCCAUCUGCCCAAGAGAUGGUUGACAUCCUGAGAGAGGUGAGCGACUCGUACGUCCCACCCUCGUGCUUGUGCGCAAGAGUAUGAACAAGGAAGUGGGCGCACAUCGCUACCAGCUUCGCCCAGCCAGAAACUGCGCAAAGCAUCAAUCACGAAACCUGCUGCCGGUCGUGUUGGUGGCGUCUCAAGGAUUGCUUUUUGUAAAAGACUGACUCGCCUUGGCGGUCCGCGGGCCCGAAGGGACAUGGCGCCGGGUUUCAAAGAAAUCUCCGGCGCUCCCGUGAAACCCAAAAAGUCGAGCAGCGGCAUUGCCCGGAUUCGUUCAAACGGAAGGGCAGCCAUCUUUGUUCAUUGGGACGGCCACGUCGUUUUCCACUUCCGUAGUCCUUAGUCGCCAUUCUGGCAGCUAUAUUUAUCUCCUGCCAAGGGUAGCAAAAGCGAUCCGUUGAAGCAGGAUCCCAAAGGACAGCAUCAAAGCUCAUGCAAAGGCUUUUUGCCAAGCAGCUUUUCCAUUGAAGCUUUCCUUUGAGCUGGAAGUGUUGCAGCGACGGCUUUUGAAGUCCGUUUUCUUGCAAAAAUUGACAAGUACCCAUUUGCGCCAUGGUCCAGAGUUCUUGC